AAUAAAGAACUCUGUCUGUCCUUCCCUCUUUGUCUUUCUGUCUGUCCCUCAGUCCAUGGUGGUUGGUCCAGUUGGUCCGGUUGGACUCAGUGUUCGAGUUCGUGCAUCAAUGACCUAGAUAAUGAUGUCAUCAUCCCCACCAGAAUGCGUUAUCGCUCUUGCUCUAACCCCGUCCCCUCCAAUGACACGGUGUCUCCCGGCAACGAUUGCCCCGGAGACGAGUUCGAGGACCAGGACUGCAGCGAACUCCCCAACUGUCCAGUGGACGGCAGCUGGGGGGCGUGGUCUCCGCCCGGGCCGUGCUCCGCCCUCUGUGGGGAGGGGCUUCAACUGUCCAUCAGGAAGUGUGAUCGUCCCGCCCCUAAAUAUGGAGGUCGACAGUGUGACGGGCCGAGCGCUCGCAGCUCCGUCUGUCACGGUCCCUGUCCCGGUAAACAACACAACACACACAAAAUAUAAACAUAAACAACAAA